CUGGAUCAGAGGCUUUAAAAUCUUUUUUCAUCUUCGAGCUGUAGCUUGGGCUGCUCGUGAGCUCAGCCUUAUCCCCUUUUGCUCUCUGCCUGGCCUUAUAUAUAUUCAUAUAUAUUUUUUUCUUUCCUGGGACUUUGCUAUUUUGCUUGGAAAAAAAAAGGCAAGAAAGAACUUAACUCCCCCUCCCCUCCCUUUCCGCCAGCCGAGCUGCACCUCUGUCUUGCACUUUGCGCGGAGGGAAGAGACAGAGCAAGGGAGCGAGGAAAGAGGAGGAGAAAAAAGAAAGAAAGAAAGAAAAAGAAAGAAACAUUAAAAAGCUCCAGGCAGAAGAGGCGGCGAGAAGCAUGAAGUGUUAAGUCCCCCGUGCCAAGGCCCGCGCCGCCCGGACAGCGCCCGCCGCGCGCCCCGCCCGCCCGAGCUCUCCUUAUGCGAAGCGCGCAGCGGAGCGGCGAGCGGGGGACGCCGCGCACCCGGCCGGGCUCCUCCGGCUUCGCCGCUGCUGCCGCCGCCGCCGCCGCAGCCCGAGGAGGACCUGCCCGAGCCUGAAGCCGCCCGCCCGCCCGUCCGCCGGCUCGGCGCUCACGGAGGCGAGCAGGCGAGGAGGGGCCGGGGCGAGCGAGCCAGCGAGCGAGCGAGCGAGCGAGCACAUUGGCGUGAGCAGGGGGAGGGAGGGCGGGCGCGGGGGGCGCGGGCAGGGCGGGGGGUGUGUGCGCGCUCGGAGCUUUCGGGCCAGCCACCGCCGCGCGAGCUAGAAGCGCCCCAGCCCGGCAAGCUGGCUCACCCGCUGUCCACCCAGCACAGCCCGCUGGCCCCUCUCCUGCAGCCCAUCUGGAGGAGCGGCGGCGGCGGCGGCGGCGCCGGCAGGAGAAUGGCAUCAGAACUGGCAAUGAGCAACUCCGACCUGCCCACCAGUCCCCUGGCCAUGGAAUAUGUUAAUGACUUCGAUCUGAUGAAGUUUGAAGUGAAAAAGGAACCGGUGGAGACCGACCGCAUCAUCAGCCAGUGCGGCCGUCUCAUCGCCGGGGGCUCGCUGUCCUCCACCCCCAUGAGCACGCCGUGCAGCUCCGUGCCUCCUUCCCCCAGCUUCUCGGCGCCCAGCCCGGGCUCGGGCAGCGAGCAGAAGGCGCACCUGGAAGACUACUACUGGAUGACCGGCUACCCGCAGCAGCUCAACCCCGAGGCGCUGGGCUUCAGCCCCGAGGACGCGGUCGAGGCGCUCAUCAGCAACAGCCACCAGCUCCAGGGCGGCUUCGAUGGCUACGCGCGCGGGGCGCAGCAGCUGGCCGCGGCGGCCGGGGCCGGCGCCGGCGCCUCCCUGGGCGGCAGCAGCGAGGAGAUGGGCCCCGCCGCCGCCGUGGUGUCCGCCGUGAUCGCCGCGGCCGCCGCGCAGAGCGGCGCGGGCCCGCACUACCACCACCACCACCACCACGCCGCCGGCCACCACCACCACCCGACGGCCGGCGCGCCCGGGGCCGCGAGCGGCGCGUCCGCCUCGGCGGCGGGGGGCGGCGCGGGGGGCUCGGGCGGCGGCGGCCAGGCCGGCACCGGGGGCGGCGGCGGCGGCGGCGGCGGCGGCGGCGGGGGCGCGGCGGGGGCGGGGGGCGCCCUGCACCCGCACCACGCCGGCCCGGGCGGCCUGCACUUCGACGACCGCUUCUCCGACGAGCAGCUGGUGACCAUGUCGGUGCGCGAGCUGAACCGGCAGCUGCGCGGGGUCAGCAAGGAGGAGGUGAUCCGGCUGAAGCAGAAGAGGCGGACCCUGAAAAACCGCGGCUAUGCCCAGUCCUGCCGCUUCAAGAGGGUGCAGCAGAGACACGUCCUGGAGUCCGAGAAGAACCAGCUGCUGCAGCAGGUCGACCACCUCAAGCAGGAGAUCUCCAGGCUGGUGCGCGAGAGGGACGCGUACAAGGAGAAAUACGAGAAGCUGGUGAGCAGCGGCUUCCGAGAAAACGGCUCGAGCAGCGACAACCCGUCCUCUCCAGAGUUUUUCAUGUACCCAAGGGAAUCCUCUACAUCAGUGAUGUGAGAAAUCCAGUUGCCUGAAGUCGAAGAGAAAAUAUGAUGCUGGCAUGCUAAUGGUGUGAGACAACCCGGCCACAGACAGCCACAAAGCACAAAAACAAAACCCAAACUCAGAGAAGAAAUAAGCACGGUGUUUUCCUGGCGUCUACAAGAAGUGCUUUAUUUUGUCCUCUACUUUCUUUUCUUAAAAAAACAAAAACAAAAACAAAAACAAAAAAAAAACCCUGAAAUGAACAUUGAAAGAAAUGAUACAAACUUUAGGCGAUCAUAAUUCAGCAUGAUCUUUUAUUCAGCCUAACACGGCAGGAAGGGGAGAAGCCCGCUGCAGAAGCAGGAAGACGGAGAGGGUGUAAAACACAGCCCCGGACCGCUCUUGGAACCCCGUGGGGCCGAUGAAGGACCUCUCACAUGCUCUGGGGACACGGGCCUCCCUUUCCGGCCCAACGCUCUUUCUAGGGAAUGGUUUGGAAAAUGUAUUUGUUACCACCUCUAAGGAAGUAUUUGUCUAGCUUUGGCGAAGGAGUUGGUGACUGAUACUGCGGGAUCCUUGUGCUGUGCUACCUAACUCUCAUUGGUGACAUGUGCUGGAACAAAACUCUGGGGUUCCUGCCCAGAAGUUGCCAAGCCCCCUCAGACUUGGUUAUGAUAACAAAAAAAUAAUCUCCUGGACAAAUCCAACAUGGAAGGAUGAACACUUGAUUUUUCUUCCCUAGGGAGGAGAAAGCCACCUCUGGCUGCAGUGGCGGCUGUGGGACCAGAGGACAUCAGGGGAUCACAGUGAGAGAAAGCUGCUUGUGCUUCUACAAUGAGCGAAAGAACCCAGAUAUGGACCAAGCUUUUGCUCUCAGACAGCCCACCACCAGCAAGCGGAAGGACCCGUGUCUAUCCUAGCCACAGAGAAGCGACACUGUCCCUGUCCCGUGCAAUUAAUUCUGUUUCCCAUCACCACAUCUUAUCUGUCAAGCACUCUUAUUUAUGUCCUCUGCUCUUGUGUAUCUGCAUUGCAGGGAUGUGGGAUCUGGGUGGCCGACAGGAAGGGUCCCCCACUAGCCAGAGGCGCUGCCCAGCCGGUCCUGCACCAGCCGCUCGCUGAGCUCCCACAGGGCCCGCGCCGUCUCCUGGCUCUGAGCCUGCGCGGAGGGCACACAGCGGUAGCAGUUGUUAAAAUACAUUCCUCCCAGGCCCUCCAGCUCCGGGGCCGCUGCGCAGUAGACCGUGGUGGCUGCUCCUUGUUGCUGGAAAUCAAAGAGGAAAGAGAAGAAGGAAGAAAAAUCAUUAAGAAAGAUGACAGUGGGCAUGGGCGAGCUUCCCACCCCCACCCAGAGGCAGCUGGGUGCCAGCGCCAAAGGUACUGGACUCCAGGCAGUGGCUUUCAGAGGUGCUACGGGACUGUCCUGGCAAAAUGAGUCCAUAAACUCCGCUUGUUAUGCUGGUGUGACUGUCUACACCUCUAAUGGGCUUGGAAACUAAAAGGACAUGGAUGCUUACAUCAUGGGGGACUGGGGAGACGGUAUCCUUCCCAGCACGUGAGAGCAGAUGCAACCAGCCCCUCGGCUUCCCCAUGUGUGAUGCAGUCUGACAAGAUCUCUCCAGUACCUCUGUGUAAAUUAAACCAACCACUCUUGACCAUGGCCCAUCAGGUAGAAAACCCAGGCGGGGGGUUGCUGCUAGAUCUUUCUCUUAUUCCUUGUCCACAGUGCUGCUAGGGGAGGCGUUUGCAAUGUUGUUAAAAUGUGUAAGAUUUGCGCACAGAGACACACACCCUUCAUAGACACACACACAUGCAUGCACAUGCACACACACAUACAGAGCAAUGCAUCUGGAAAAUCUUUGCCAACUGUCUCACAUGUCCUGGAUUUACAGUGAGACAGGGGCCGAGGGUGCAUUCUCCUCCAGGCCACAUCAAAAUGCAAGGUUCAAUGAAUGCCAUGAUCACUUUUGGUUCAACUCUGAUGCCACAGUGGGGGCCGAGGCUGGGGAGGCGUGUGCGUGCUGGUGGGCACCGUGUCACCCAGACUGACAGAAGACUACCAGGGACGCUGUGAAGGGGGCAAGAAAUCACUUUGCUUUGCAAGCCAUAAUUAAAAAUAAUAGGCUGCCGCUCAUAGGGAGACACUGUACACAGGGCUCUAAUUUAAAACCAAUACAGUUUAUCUGGCAUCUUAUGAUUAUUUAUGUGCAUCUCAGCCCUUGCUGUACCAACUAAUUAUCAGCUGAUGGAAGUGCAGUUUCAAAGAGCACUGUAAAGACAACUGCAGAGGAGGCCGUCCUUAGGGAAGUGUUCAGGCUGUGUGGUUACAGGGGACCUAGUUUUCUGUCCCCACCCAAGGUGCAUUCGAGAAUCACUGGGAGCCAGGACCACUCAGAGAACUAGGAUCCUGAGAUGUGAUAAUUUUAGGGACGCGCUGGAAAGGAGACUUGGGGUUUUGUUUUGGCUUCGGUGUCUAUGAUCACAGUUGGAAACAAAACAAUCAAACAUGUCCCAGUGACCCGAUCAUGGAAAGGGGGCGGAGCUUGAGUGAGACAGAGACUCAAGCCCUGAUAACACUGGUUGGCCACCAUUGCACAAGUCCCACCAGCCCAGAAGUUUAACGACUGACAUGACUUGCACCUCACUAAAUAAUCCCUGGUGUGGUACCUCCCCUUCCUUGCCUGCCCACCUCUCAUGGCCAGGGAAUGUCUUGGAUGCAGAGGUUCUUUCCCAAGUGAUUUGUGAGCUGAAGUCUAAUGGAAACGAGGAGAUGUUAUCCAAAUUUGCUUUCACUGAAUUAUUAUUCCUCAUAACCCUUAGCUUAGCACCUGGCGCAUUGAUCUGCAGACUCUUCUUUCUCGGUUUAUCUGACUCCUGUGACUCCCACGCAGGGAAUAUGGAAGCAAAAGUGCCUCUACAGACGAAGGGGAGCCCCAAGACGCUUAUCUGGCUAACUCAAGCCAAAACACCAUUGGCUUCAGUUCUUAGGAUUCAAGCGGAGACACUGCUUUGUAUGAAUUUUAGGAUAGGUGUCUUGGGUUUACAUUUUACUUUGCAGCUGCCGAGUCUACCAGAGAGUGGUUGGAUGACCUACUGUCCACCCCCAGACGCUGAGAGAAUCCAGUGAGCUCAUGCCAAGUCCCACCCGCCCCCCCUGGAGUGGUUAUAACAUCACCUUCAUUCAUCAGGGUGGACCUGCCUUUCUCAGGACCUGCCCAUCCUGAGACAAGUCCAAGGGAAGGGAAAAAAAUAAAUAAAUACAGACUUAAGAAAGCAAAAAGCCAAAUUCUUCCAAGCCCAGUGUAGCAUUUUGCCACUACAACCUUCUAAAACAAUAUCAAAUUUCACUGUAGCAUUACUGAAAUAGUAUUUUUACAGAGAAAUUCUACGGUGGCAUCGAUUCAGAAUCGUGCGGAUAGGGGAGCAGGGGCCUUGCGUUGCACUGACUCUGUAGUUUGCAAACAGCUGGCUUCGUUUCCUGAGAACCCACAUUUGGCUCCCACGCUGAAAACCAUACAUUUAAGAAAAGCCCAUUUUUUUGUCUUUUUUUUUCCAAUCAAUACCUAUUUUUGAUUCUUUUGCCACUGGCUUUGGUGCACAACCCAAGUGCCAUCACCACGGUCCUGGCUUUUAUAGAACACAGUGCAGGGGAGGCUCCUAAAGCCACUUUCUCCACUCCCAGGAUCAAGUGUGCACACUGUCUUCCUCCCACGCUGAGCCAUGAAGUAGCCAUGACGUUUCAUUGGUCCCAUGCUCCCCCCCUUGUCUUCUUGGGGAAUUCUCUUCCCAGCUGUCCCAGUGGCAACCUCUGAGUGACAUGUUUACAGGAUCAGAUGUGACAACAGUUUAGUAGCAAGUUCUUAUUUUGGGUUCAUCAGCUUUUUCGGUCUGCACACCAGCAUCAGAAUGAGACCAAGUCAUUUUCGGGAAACCUCAUUAGUAAACAAACCGGUUCUGCUGAUACAAGAUGAAACAUUUUUAAAUGGAUAAAAAAAAAUUUUAAGCACACUUUAAUCACCACCAAAUGACUUUCAUGCCACUUUUUGGGGGCGUCGGUACAUGAUUCAGAAAAGAUGAAAGAGCCACACAAAGGAAAUAAUGUUAACAACUCCGAUGUACGAUAUCUGAGCUGUGACUUGCUAGUUGCCACUACUGCUUACUGAUCUACUGUGACAAUAUAAUAACACCUUGACAUCUGAAUGCUGGCUGGAGCUAUGGGUUCCCCUAAACGAUUUUUUGAGAACGAUUUAUCAGUAAGUUGCAUGCUAAUCAUGGAAGAGCACAGAAGCAGCAUCUCCAUCCCUCAGUAACGGCAGUGAGGCAGGGUGUGGACGGCUCAGGACUGAAAAUUUCUGGGAAGCUCAGAGGAAUCUUUAAUCAUCUCGAAUGCCAUUUCCUAUCUAGCCCAACAUUUGUGAGCUUCCAGCAAAGAACUGUGCCAUCAAUCUUUAUAGUGUAUGUAAAAUUACCCAGGAUUCUUGUUUGGGAUUAAGCUAAGAGCAUCUCAGUGAUAGGGGUUCAUCAUUCUCUUUCAGAAAUCAUUUGUCAGAUCUGAGCACAAUCUUUAACUAUAGAAAGGUGGGAUUUAGGAGGCAGUUGCUGUGUGUUUGUGUUGCAGGCCCUGAGAUCUAAAUUAUCCAUCCUUCUGAAACCCUUUGUUGGGAUGAAAACGUUAAGUAGCCGCUUUUCAUCAACGUUUAUUUGAUAACUGCUGGCCAUCAAUUUGUAGCUGUCAGCAUAGAAUACAAAUGAAUAUUGACUCCUUUAAAGGAAGGAGUGCAGAGGUUUCUGAUAAACAAUACAUGGCAAAGAGAAAAAUCCCGCAUAUCGAUAUCUGUAAAGCAUUAGUUAGUACUCUGACACAAUACAUUCUAAUAAGAACAUAUGUCACAGGAUUAAUGUAUAGUUUUCAGGUUUCUCUAACAUGCAUGCUUCUUUGCAAGAGAGAAUAGAUUCCCAUCUUCACGUAGCUGUAACUAUGCGAUGCACUUACGAACAGACACAACACCGUGGCAUAGCUCUAUAUUCAAUGAUUGUGGGAGCUGUAGACAUCCUAAGACUGCUUUGUUCCAGACAUCGAUAUCAGAACACUGCGCAGCAGAUACUGAAACAAUCAAUCUCUGCAAGAAGUACAGUCACGAAAGGAAACAUGUUGUUCCAGCUCAGCCAGAGGAUCCCAGACAGGGAAGGAGGGCCACCCUUUCAGAGUGGGGAGUGGCUACAGAGCUGAAUUUCCAGGGCAAAGAGGUGGCCCCAAGUGAGCGGGUUGGAUGACAAAAGGAAAGACAGGUGUCUCUCCAAACCCUUCUAGCCUUUAUUGCUGCUGUCUAGGGUCUGUGAGGUAAAGCAAACCCUUCCCAAAUGCACACCUGGACGCCUUCUAUAUCCCAUCAGAUCACAGAGUCCUGCAGUUUGUACAACACUGAGGCUCACAUGCCUCUAUGACUGGAGGGGUGACAACCCAUGGGCACCCGUUUCCUCCUCUGUUGCAUGUAUCACAUAAUUAAACUGCAAACAGUGCUAAUCAGCAAACCGGCCAACUGCCCCCAAAUCUUGAGAGGCAGCCGAAUAGCACAGAGAGCCCAUGGAAGGACUCCAUCCUCCCAACUGUUCAGUUUUCCAGUAGAGUUUAAGCCAGUGGGGACUUUUCAAACAAUUGGAGAGACCAAUACUUAUUGAGAAGUUACCAUUUGCCAGACACCUGCAGAAAGCUUCAUAACCAUUGCACUUUAACCCUUAUGCUGCUCCAUUAGACUGGAACCAUUGGCAUCCUCACGUACAGAGAGCUCCACUUCGUAUCAGGGAUGAAAAACAAACGCAUUCCCGCAUGCAGAAAAGCCCACUUAGUACCAGAGAUCAGAAGCAACUUGUCUGCAGACACAUGGAUAAUCACGUAGAUGGUCCACUUAUGGUUUCUUCUUCCUUGUCUUCCACCUGCUCAAACAUCUUUAUGCUGUUUUGUUUUCUUCCCCCCCUGGCUACAUCUCACCAUAGAGUGACACCCUGACGUGGCAUGCAAUUCAAUGUGUGGGCUCUUGGGUGCUCACCUGAGAAAUGUUCAAAGGAGAUUUUCCAUUGUUGAUUUAGUGAGGGAGCUAAAUUGAAAUCAUAUCCAUUUGGAUUAACAAAAAUGAAGGCUCAGCACUCCCUCGGAUGAUUCGUCAGCAAAUGACCCUUAAUAAAAAUGUCACCUGAUCCAGAAUGCCACCUCUAGGCACCAGGUUUGCAGAGUUAAGGAAUCUACUCUUUGGCAAAAGUCUUUUUCAAAGUAUGGACAUAAAACCAAUGCCAUCUCCAUUUUAAUAAAUCCCGGGCUGAGUGUGGCCUUUUGUCGGUGUGUGCUCUGACAUGCUUCUUUGGUUUGUGAGGAAAAAGAACCAACUUCUUCCCUCACCUCCCAAAAGACCUCAGAAAAUUGAAUUCUACAAAUUCCUAACAGUUGAUUCCUCCAAAGGCCUUGAACAAUACACACUUAGAUACAUGCAAAUACUUCGUGUACAUAUUGAAAUAUAACUGUCUUCCCAAGCCCCUGAGAGUUUUUGCUAACUCCCAGGAUGCUUCUAACUAACACUUGUCACAGAGGGGGAAUGUGCAAGUUUUCUCACCUGGAAAGAUCAGAAGAGCAAACAUUUGUUUUUAGGCUUUAAAAGCAUUGAGUGUGUUCUGUAGAGGACAUCCAGGUGACACUGAUUAUCUUUGCCCUGCGGAGGGGGCACAUCUACUCUAACACAGGGGGCUUGACAACAUGUCCUGGGAUUUACCUACUGCCACAAGAAAACCUGGAUCACAAAUGUUGCAAGCAUCAGGUCCCUUUUACCGUGACUCCCACACAGGUGCAUGGGCCAUUCCCCAUCCCACACUGAGGGUACAGUCCAUGGGAAGCUUUGAUGGUAGUUGACUGAGGGACACCCAUGCUAUGAACUACACCAGCCUAUCAGCAUAAAUGCAGUUUGUUCAAGCAAGACCACAACCAAUUUUCAAAAACCGCCUUGAUAGAAAUGAAAGAGGAAAAAGAAUGUCAGUUUUCAAAUGCCUUAUACUCAGGGAGAUUCUCCAAGCCAACCUGGGGCGUUCCCUGUCUGGAGUGCAAGCAUCCCUAAUAAGUCAUCCCCAAGUCCGAGUCAGGUUCAAAAGACACGCUUUACUAGCAAGAGGAAGGAGGAGUUUUAAGAGGCUGCUCUGAAGAGAGAGAGGAAUGAGUUGCAAAGUCUGCAGGAGAGCCGCUCCUCCUCCUCAGAAACACUGCAGGAAAAUCCCCCUCAGACCAGAGAGUUCCAGAUGGAAGUAGGAGAGAAUUUUUAGGAGGCAGAAGACUAUAAUUUUCUUCGUUAGCUGUAGAAUGGAGGGAAGAAUAAGCAGCCAGUCUUAGCCAUCCAAAGGAGUCCAAAGCCAUGUUUGUUCUGGGAAGACCAGGCAAGGAGGACUUGAACAGAGGGUACCGAAAGAAAUGAGGAACAGAAUGAUCUCGGUCAGCACUCAGGGCUCUGCCAUCAAGACAAUUAACCAUUCUAGAUUCUUCCUUGAAGGAAAUGAACCCCUUUCAUGCCUUCUUCAUGUUCCAAAAUUCUCACUGCAAAUGUCCUGAGGGUUCCAUGACAUAGUUAUGUCUGGUUUUAAAAGAAUAGAGGCAUAAUACACACAAGUGUUUCAUGUGUGGUGACGGGGCAGGGAGUCUUCCUAAUAAGGGAAGGAAAGAGGAAAUGCUUAACGAUGGCCCAUGUGGCUCACUUUAAGGAUGCUCCCUUCUCUUCCCCUUAGACCCGCCUAAGUGUUGUGGAACUGACCAGACUUGAGGGAAUCUCAUUAGAAAUCAUGGAAAAUGUUGUUUACACUGUUCUCACAUCCACGAAAAAAUGGUCCAGGCACACACUGUUGAUGCUGCCUGGAAUACCCACAUUGCUCAAAGCAGCUUCUUUUUGAAUGGAGAGUUCUCUUGCUGGGAAGGAAAAUUGAACUGGGGCAUCCAUUCCUCCAUGAGUUCAGUUGAAAUGGCCAAGCAGAAGAGCCAUAGACAUUUGCCACUGAAAUAAGCAUCAUUCUUCCACUUGGGACAAACCUGAUGGCCUGUCAGUGGGCCACCUCAACGCCAGUGUUGAAGGACUGACUGUUCAUAAGAUAUAUAGAGAAAGAUAUUUAGCUCAUGUUAAUUUGAAACAUUUGACAUUUUUGCUCUAUUUCUUUACCCUCCUAUAGCUAGCUCUGUAUACUGUAUAUAAGUGUAUGCUCUGUAUUCACCAUGUAUACUUAAAUAAAACUUUGAAAUCUUCACCAGGCAGAAUUAAUGGGCUCAGAUCUGAUAUAAUGUUGCAGAGAAUAUCUCCGAGGACAGGUGGAACCUUUUUCUUCUUUCCUUAUGCACAGAAUGACUCCACCACCUCUGGCUGCCAUAUUUGCUCUUGAAGGACACAGAGACAGGACUGUUGCGUGAGCAAGGAGGAUUUCAGGGCACACACCAGCAAGCUGUUCAUCUGGAUUUUAAGGCUGACAGGUCCUUUACACCCACAUCACAUAUAUGUUCUACUAUAGUACUAAAAAGAUAUUGGGUGUGGAAGGAAAUAGCAGGCCCUGUGAUGGGGCCACGGCACGGGAAGAAAUGAAAUCUUAACUCUGUCUUCCCCAUGAUGAAUUAAGAAGAAGUACUUUGCAAUAAUUCAGAUCUCCCUGGCAGGGCACAGGGUCCAGCCUCACCAUGUCAAGUUGGGCAGGUCUUGGUUGAGUAUGUGCCUCUUCUCAGAGAGCUCACGGGAACAGAUCAUUUCUCAGGCUCAAAGACGCAGGCCUUGUUAAUAUUUCAUUUAGAACAUACUGUGGAGAGUGUCUCAUUUAUAUUACUUCCAUAAUUAAUGGUGAUAGCUUAGGCAUUGCCUUUUCACGGAGAGAUCUCUUCACAGUGGUCGAUGGGUAAUGAGACACAAUAGAUAUUUCAUUCACCAGCAGCUUGUUGCUAGUUAGUAGGAAAUGAUUGUGUGUGUUGUUACUUUAAUUGCCAGGGUAAAUAAUUCUGCCUAGGUGUUAGCGAGCAUUUUAAAGCACUUGAUGCAAAUAGACUAGAAAUAAAACAAACAAAAAAUAUUACCUUGAUUAUGCAACACCUUAGCCUAGUAAGUUAUAAAGGUAUGUCUUUUUUUUUAAAAAAAAUGUAUUCUAUCAUGCAAAUAUUAUGUCAAUAUGCAUGUAAUCACGACUCAUCUACUGUAUUUUAGGAAAUACAAUUAGGCCACUUUCUCUUUUUCUAUGUAGACUGUAAAUAACUGUAGAUCUUUCUCUUGUUUCCCUAUGUAAAUAUAUGUAAAUAUUAAUAAUCUGUGCAUGCUGAUAUUCUAGGCAAUUUCAGGUACUUUUGUAAUCUGAAGGCAUGUACUUGGACUGGUUUGUUAAAGGGGGGGGGCUCUCUGAAACUCUUUAAAGCUAAAUAGAAAUUAAAGAUUUGUUCCUAGAUCA